AUGUCAAAAACAAGAAGUACAAGGAAUAUAGUCCAUUUGAAACGAUUAAUUUGGAUAAUUAUCUCCUUAAUAAUAGCAAUCUUCCUUCUGAUAAGGUUCCUAAAUAACAACAACGCAAAUAACCUUCAAGUAAUCCUACAAAACUUACCAAAGGAAAUAUCACAAAGUAUCAAUACAGUAAGUUCCAAACAAAAAUCAGAUCAAGAAAUCUUACAAAAAUUUGAAAAAUUAACAAAACAAUUGAAAAAAUCACAAGAAGAUCAAACAAGACAAUUUGAAAGACAACGUAAAAUCCUAGAAAAGAAAAUCCAAGAAUUAAAACCACCAUUAUCUGACGCAACCAUCCGUGAAAAAUUAACAUAUCAAUUCCCAUAUGAUCCCAUUGAGAAAUUCCCAGCUUUCAUUUGGCAAACUUGGUCAAACGAUAUCAAACUGGAACAAUUGAUGGAAAUUAAAGAUAUUUGGGAUUCACAAAAUCCAGGAUUCGUCCACGAAAUCUUAAAUGAUGAUAUUUCAGAAGCUUUAAUUCAUCAUUAUUAUUCCAAGGUUCCAGAAGUCAUUAAGGCAUAUAAUUAUUUACCUUCAAGAAUUUUAAAGAUCGAUUUCUUUAAAUAUUUAAUACUAUUAGCUAGAGGUGGGAUUUAUGCAGAUGUAGAUACAAAACCAUUACAACCAGUUCCAAAUUGGAUCCCUGAAGCUGUCGUGCCAAGUAAAAUCGGAUUGAUUAUUGGUAUAGAACAUGAUGCCAAAAAACCUGAUUGGAGAUCUAAUUUCGUUAGAAGAUUACAAUUUGGUACUUGGAUUAUUCAAUCGAAACCGGGUCACCCCAUCUUGAGAGAAAUGGUGGCCGUUAUUACUGAGGAAACUUUGAAAGAAAAUGAAGAUUCUUUAAAUAUUAAUGUUAGAAAUGAUUUGGAUAUUAUGAGUUGGACCGGGUCAGGUGUUUGGACGGAUGUCAUUUUCAAAUAUUUUAAUGAUUAUAUGAAAAGUGGCAUUAAUGGGAAAGUUACCUGGAAAAAAUUUCAUAAUAUGAUCUUACCAAGAUUAAUUAGUGACGUAUUAAUCUUCCCUGAAUUCUCAUUUAAAGCUCCAUUAGAAUUUGAUAAAACUGAUAUGAAAAGAAAUUUAUAUUUAGUUCAUCAUGAAGGUGCUAAAUUUUGGAAAGCUGCUCCAACUGUAGAAAAUUGA